CAGUGUGUGUGAAUGUCGAAGUUUUGUUUUGGUUAGUUUUGAGUGUCAAAAUUUUAAUAAAAAAGAAUGAACAGAACUCCAAAAAGAUCAAAGUUGACCUCAGAAACUAGUGAACCUGUGAAUGCAACACCUCCAAAUAAGAUUUUAAGGCAAAACGUGUUGAAUUCGAUAGAAAGAACGCCGGUUAACGGUAGUCCAAAAGAGAAUUCUGUUGUGUCUCCUAGUGAAACACGAAGAGGACGACCCAGGGCCGAAUUUUUAAAUACCCUUAUCUUGGAAGGAUCGACUUCUCCCAGCUCUAUAAAGUGUACCUAUUGCAGUAGAGUUUUCCCAAGGGAAAAGUCAUUGCAAGCCCAUCUAAGAACUCAUACAGGUGAAAGGCCAUAUGCAUGUGAUUAUCCAAAAUGCACUCGACGUUUCACACAAUCAGGUCAACUCAAGACCCACCAAAGGUUACAUACUGGGGAGAAGCCCUUUGUAUGUACAGUUCCUAACUGUGAGCGAAGGUUUACUCAUGCCAACAGGCAUUGUCCAGAACACCCUGAAGGGCAACUGAAAAGGUUCAGCUCCAUUACUAAUUCUAAUCAAGAAAACAAAAAUGAUGAAGAACAUUCCACAGCAGUACAAAAUUGGUUAAGAGCUAACAGAAGAUGCCUUAACAACAAAGAGAACACUAAAAAGAAGAGCAGGUUCCAUGAACUUCGGUUUACAAGUGAUGGAGAAAAUGGUAUAGAACAGAAUGAAAACCUUGAUUUAAGUAACUCUGCAACGUGGUCGAUGAGGAACUCAGAAUCUUCAACCAGCAGUGAAUAUGCUGAUAACACAUGUACUACUCAGUCAAGUGAUACAAGUGACUUUGCCCACUCUUCUCAAGAAAUAUGGUCUGACAACAGUACUCACAUAGAUCUCCAGUGCCAGUAUGGUAGCUCCAAAGAGAACAUUACAAAUGUUGCCCCUUUAACUUUUAAAGAACCAUCAGUACAACAACUUUUCAAAGAUAAAUCAGAAUCAUCUAAGGAGUCCCAAAAGAUGCUUAAAUUAAGUAAUGGACCAGCUGAACCUGUUGAACUUCCAAAGAAAAGGUGGCUUAGGGAAGCUGUACAAGAUCAAAGACGUUGGGAUUCUCAGGAGCUUGCUAAGCCCCUCAAUUGGGAAGAUAUGAACAUCGUCGAAUAUGAAAACCAGCGCCGGCCCACAGUACUUAUGCGAGUUCAGGAUUGCGGGGAGAAGAAAGAAAUUUCAAGGGCUGAUAUGCAAACAGCAAUUGCCCUUGUUGAACUUAAAAACGGUGGUCCCAUUAACUAUACACCAUUUUAAACGUAUUUACAAAGUGCCUUUAUUCCUUGUAAAAAGUUUCUUUUAAUAUUAGCAACUGCAUAAUGAAAAAAAUUAUCUAUUUUUGGUACUAGAAAAGUAAUUAAGAUUUACAUUCUAAUUAUAUAUGUCUCCUAAAUUAAUUUUUAGAACUUCUUUACACUAAUGUAACAUGCACAAGUAUUUUAUUAUAAAGUCUAUUUUAGGAGACAGUUUAUCUGUUUUAAAGAAAGGCCUAAAUAUUAAAAAUAUGUACAUUGUACUGUAGUGCAAACAUUUCUCGUUCUUGUGAUAUAAGCUUUACUUUUAAUGUGGUUAGGGACAAAAGUACGUUUUUUAUUUGUCUUGGUAUUAUGAACUAGCAAUCAUUUUUAAGAUACUUGAAGAGGAAGUGCCCAAAGUACUAAACUACUUUAUUUUUAAUUUUAUCAGUCUUGUUUACUGUGUAAACUUUUAUGAAGAAUGCUACGUAUUAAUAAUUUAAUUAUAAGAAAAUUAGCGCACAAUUUACAUUAUUUUAUUAACCUUUGAUUACUAUACCUGGAUUUUGCUUGUAUAUAAGAUUAUUUAUUAUGUUUAUUCUCUUUUAGGUAUAUCUUAGCUCUAAAAGUUUUAUGUACGU